AUCCGAGCCUCGGGAUAGGGGAAGUGUAAGUGAACUGAAUUUUCUGGAAGGUACAUUUAAAGGAGCCGGUGGCAAAGGGGAGCUAGUUCGGCGCUGUUCCUCCUUGCUCCUUUUCUCCGUGUCCGGGGUAUAGGGGGCGGAUCGCGGAGCCUCCUGGAGGUUGUUGAACGAGGAGAGGGUUUAGCAGAGACAGGCGAGGGCCGGCCGGAGCCUCCUGCAGGAUGAACCACAAGAGCAAGAAGCGGAUUCGGGAGGCAAAGCGCAGCGCGCGGCCCGAGCUGAAAGACUCCCUAGACUGGACCCGGCACAACUACUUCGAAAGCUUCUCUCUGAACCCCGCCGCAGUGACGGAUAAUGUGGAAAGAGUGGAUGCUCUGCAGCUCUCUGUAGAGGAAUUUGUGGAACGCUACGAAAGGCCUUACAAGCCUGUGGUCCUGCUGAAAGCCCAGGAGGGAUGGUCGGCCCAGGAAAAAUGGACUCUGGAGCGCCUGAAACGCAAAUACAGGAACCAGAAGUUCAAAUGCGGGGAGGAUAAUGACGGCUAUUCGGUGAAGAUGAAGAUGAAGUACUACAUUGAGUACAUGGAGAGCACCCGAGAUGAUAGUCCCCUUUACAUCUUUGAUAGCAGCUAUGGGGAGCACCCCAAGAGGAGGAAACUUUUGGAGGACUAUAAGGUUCCCAAAUUUUUCACAGAUGACCUGUUCCAGUAUGCAGGAGAAAAACGCAGACCACCUUACAGGUGGUUUGUGAUGGGACCGCCACGAUCUGGAACAGGAAUUCACAUUGAUCCCUUGGGUACCAGUGCAUGGAAUGCCUUGGUACAGGGACACAAACGCUGGUGCCUAUUUCCUACCAGUACUCCCAGGGAACUUAUAAAGGUGACUCGUGAUGAAGGUGGAAACCAGCAAGAUGAAGCUAUUACCUGGUUCAAUACCAUUUAUCCACGGACACAACUUCCAACUUGGCCACCAGAAUUCAAACCCUUAGAAAUCUUACAGAAACCAGGAGAGACUGUCUUUGUACCAGGAGGUUGGUGGCAUGUUGUUCUCAACCUUGACACUACUAUUGCCAUCACCCAGAACUUUGCCAGCAGCACUAAUUUCCCUGUUGUGUGGCACAAGACAGUAAGAGGAAGGCCAAAGUUAUCAAGGAAAUGGUACAGGAUUCUGAAGCAAGAACACCCUGAGCUGGCAGUACUCGCUGAUUCCGUUGACCUCCAAGAGUCCACAGGCAUAGCUUCUGACAGCUCGAGUGACUCCUCCAGCUCUUCCAGCUCUAGCUCGUCUGACUCUGAUUCUGAGUGUGAAUCUGGCUCUGAAGCUGAUGGGACAGUGCACAGGAGGAAAAAGAGGAGGACCUGCAGUAUGAUGGGCAAUGGUGACACCACCACUCAGGAUGAUUGUGUGAGCAAAGAGCGCAGCUCCUCCAGGUGACCGAGUGGGAUUGCUGUUGAUUUUAAAGGACAUGCUCACACGGAGCUGACAGGAUGAGGGUAGGGAGUCCCAGUGGAUCCUGCAGAUAAGGUGAGGGACAAAGAAUGUCAGACAACGAGGACUGCUCUCAAAUAUGAAUCCGUUUGCUUGCCAGUUGAUUUAAAUGGCCUUCUCCUUCACCAAUUCAAAUUAACAUGGUUUGUUCUACAAAAGAAGCUAAGAACCGCUGUCUAACUGGUGCCAAGAAAAACAUUUGCAUUAUUUAAUAAAAAUGGAAUCCGUUUUAUAACUUUCAAAUGUUUCUUGCCUUUAGUUUAUCAGAACCUUCCCUGGUGUCCUUUUACAUACAUAGUACUGGAGGAAUGUUGACUUGAGAUUUGUUUCCUCCCCUUUGCUGCUGGAAUUAACAGGCCCUUGUUGCUUAUGGAAAGCAACCAGGCAAAUGAGGGAUCGGGGCGUGGAAGCUUCUUACUUUGGCUCAUCUACUGCUGUCUGGACCCCAACCCCCACCCCCUCACCCAUCAGCCUUGUCUGCCAGCAGCAAUAUCCACUGCUUCAUAUGAGAAAGGAAGCAGUUCAUAGCCCUCUCACCUUUCAUAAUGGAAAGUCACAAUUUGAAAUAAAAAAAUAAUUACUCUCUCUUUGUACAUCAAAAGUAAUCCUUAGGAGUUUUGUAGGGGUUUGAAAAGUAUGUUAAGAGAGUCAACAUGUUUAAGUUUCUAAAACGUCUAUAGCUUUUGUCACUGAAAUGCUUUUUGCCAGUGAGAUGAGUGCCAUCUUGUUUUUUUCUCCCCUAAAUUAUAAAAAACUCCAGAGACCACACAUUUGUCUUUCCAUUUGAGACUGGAAUUCCAUUAGAAAGUUGGUCUUUUAAAAAUUAGGUGAAUACUUAGUGAGAUAAGAGUCUCUUGAGUUAGCCCUAACACUUUAUAAACUGUUAUUUUGUUAUAACUAAAAAUUAACUACAUAGUUGUCCCUUUUGUAAUCUUGUACCUCUUCCUUCCUGUCUUUGUUGUGCUUUGAGCAAUGUUAAAGUUGUAAUUAAUUGUUGAGCACUUUAUCAUAUUUAUUGGUUUGUAAUGUUACUCCCAUUUCCCAGUCCAGACCUUGAGAAAUCUAAGCUUUCACUUAAGUACCUAUGAUUUGGGGCAUCCUAAUAUUUUGUAAUUCACCAUCUCCUUUUCUCAAACUUGUGUUGUCAACAUACUGAUUUAGGCAGUAGUACUUUCCUUGGCAGGAUUAGGGAAACUUUUGGAGGCUGUGCUCAUCCCUGAGUAUUAAUGAGACUCAUCUAGAGAUGGCUGCAAGUGUUAGUAGCCACCCAAUCUGGUUUGCACCUCCUCUGCUUCUACCUACUCCUUAAUCUUCUUUGAAUCUGGACAGUUCAUUUCUGCUCCAAGCUUCUGUCUUCCAUCAAAUGCUGCUUAAAGGAUGAGAAAAUCUAAGAAAAGAUUAAGAAGCCUAAAAGUUUCAUGAGUUCUCAAGGCUAAUAUGGUAUUCAAUACUUUCUUUUCCAUUACUUAAGAAGGAUAAAAAUAAUUUGUUUAAAGACAAGUAAGUUUAUUGUUUUCUUAUUUAUAGAUUUACAUUUAAUCAAUUAACAUAAAAGGAAACUUCCUUGACUAUCAUCGAAGGUAACCAGAGACAUUAAUUUUUAGUUGAGUUGACUUCAUGAUUAUUGACUGAGUAAAUUUCUGUUCAAGAUAGGAUUUUUUUUGCUAACUUACUAAAUUGCAGAUAGGGGCCAGGCCAACAAAAUUUUUGCUCAAUUCUUAACACCUUAUCCCUUCUGCUGGAUAAUCCAUAGGUAUGUGGGCUAAAUUCUGAUUAUUUUUUCCAUUUGUUGCUUCAAGUAUUUUGGAGUCCAUUUUCAUACAGUUGCAAUGCAACACCAACAUACUACUUUGGGACUGACCAUCAGGUUCCAUAUUUCUCCUCUGCUGAUUCAUCUAUUUGCCUUAACCUGUCUCCUGUGUGUGAUCUGUUCAAACAGUGUAAGAAAUGAGGAAGGGAGAAGAAUGUGGGGCAAUAAAAGGAGCCACUUGGCCCAAUAAUAGUCACCCUACAUUUUAAUGUAAGAAUUUUCAUUUUGAACUACUAUCUGUUCACAAAAAUAUUUCCAGUGUCAAUGGUGUUUUUCUCUCUGUGUUAGCAUUAUCUGGUUUCACAAAACAAACUCUGUAUAAGUUUUGAAUAGUUUGAGUGCUUCUCAGCACUUGGGAACUAGGGGUGUCUUUAAAAAGUUGGUAUUCAUGUAAGAAAUUCAGAUCAUUUACUGUAAAAUAUUAGAUUGUAGCUGUCUUAAUUACUUUCACUAUUGGACCACUCUGGUUUUAUUCUGAGGAUGAUCAUCUCUUCCUGUGUAAGCUUGGUUCUUCUGUUAUAAUGCUGUUUGCUAAACAGUUGCUGGAGCAGGGGUGGAUUCCAAUGAAUAUCCAGUAUCGUUUCAUGUUGGGAAAUGAGGGAAUUGAUAUGUCACCCUGCAAGCUGCAAGGUACCUGAGCUCUAAGCCAUGGUAUACUGCUGCAGCCCCUUCUAAUUACAUGGAAUAAAUUGCAAUAUCCAGGGAUGAGUGGAAAACCUUUAACUGUGAAUGUGUGUGGAUGAAGUGUAAAUCAUUGGGCAUUUAAACUGACUUUGUACUUGAUAUCUAAUAACACUCUUAAAUACCAUAAACAGUACCUUGUUUCCACA